CCGGCUCAUGUGUCUUAGAUCGGAUGAACUAGAACGUUAAACAAGAUAAUCUUGCAACCCGGUGCUUGACAAAGACCCAUCGUUGAGUGGGGCUCUAGUGCAAUCUGUUUGAGCCAGUACUCCAUAAGCGACAUUUUCAAACUAUGUGAAGAUCCGUUUUAAGAUUUAUUCCUCUAUGAUGGAGAAGUAUGAAAAAAUUGGGAAAAUCGGCGAAGGAUCCUAUGGAGUUGUUUUCAAAUGCAGAAACAGGGACACGGGUCAGAUUGUAGCCAUCAAGAGAUUUCUGGAAUCAGAGGAUGACCCUGUCAUAAAGAAAAUCGCCCUUCGAGAAAUCCGCUUGCUCAAGCAACUCAAGCAUCCGAACCUCGUGAACCUUAUCGAAGUCUUCAGAAGGAAACGGAAGCUUCACCUGGUGUUUGAGUACUGUGACCACACGGUUCUCCACGAGUUGGACAGACACCAAAGGGGGGUACCAGAACAUCUUGUGAAGAGCAUAACUUGGCAGACAUUGCAAGCUGUAAAUUUUUGCCAUAAACACGAUUGCAUACAUAGAGAUGUGAAGCCAGAAAAUAUCCUCAUCACAAAACAUUCAGUGAUUAAGCUCUGUGACUUUGGAUUUGCUCGGCUUUUGACUGGACCAAGUGACUACUACACAGAAUAUGUGGCCACCAGGUGGUACCGCUCCCCAGAACUCUUGGUGGGGGACACGCAGUAUGGCCCCCCAGUAGAUGUUUGGGCAGUUGGCUGUGUCUUUGCUGAGCUGCUGUCAGGGGUGCCUCUGUGGCCAGGAAAAUCAGAUGUGGAUCAGCUCUAUCUGAUUAGGAAGACCUUGGGAGAUCUCAUUCCUAGGCACCAACAAAUAUUUAGCACGAAUCAGUACUUCAGUGGGGUGAAAAUUCCAGACCCUGAAGAUAUGGAACCACUGGAAUUAAAAUUUCCAAACAUCUCUUAUCCUGCCCUACGGCUCUUAAAGGGCUGUCUCCACAUGAAUCCUGCUGAGAGACUGACAUGUGAACAGCUGUUACAGCAUCCGUAUUUUGACAGCAUCAGAGAAAUGGGGGCUUCGGCCAAAGAGCUUGACCGACCGAUAAGGAAGACCCUAAGACAGAGCCGAAAGCACCUGCCUGGGUUGCAGGGCCUACCUCAGCUGACCAGCAGCGGCUUCCUUCCAGCUUUGGAUAAUAAGAAGUACUACUGGAAUAUGAAGAAACUGAACUGCCAAUUUCCAAACAUUUAAGGAGCUUGGAGAUGGAUGAUGAAAAAGGAGUUAAUAAUUUGGAGAAAAUGAAAUGUAUACAUUUGCUUGAAAACAAUCAUGAUGUUGAAAGAACAUCAGGAGAAAA